UCGAGUUUUCUACGAAUAGAACGAGAAGGAAGUAUUGAUCAAAGAUGGCCCGUACAAAGCAGACCGCUCGUAAAUCUACUGGAGGAAAGGCUCCACGAAAGCAGCUCGCCACCAAGGCCGCCAGAAAGAGCGCCCCAGCCACCGGAGGUGUGAAGAAACCUCACAGAUACAGGCCCGGAACAGUCGCUCUCCGUGAGAUCCGUCGUUACCAGAAAUCCACCGAGCUUCUCAUCAGGAAACUACCCUUCCAGAGGUUAGUCCGUGAAAUCGCCCAGGAUUUCAAGACCGAUCUGCGAUUCCAGAGUUCUGCCGUCAUGGCAUUGCAAGAGGCCAGCGAAUCUUACCUGGUCGGUCUGUUUGAGGACACCAACUUGUGCGCCAUCCACGCCAAGAGAGUAACCAUCAUGCCCAAGGACAUCCAGUUGGCCAGACGUAUCCGCGGAGAAAGAGCUUAAGCUCCCUAACCAGCUAACCACAGCCACCAAAAACCUUCCCAACGGCCCUUUUCAGGGCCAACCACGUCCUAUGAAAGAGUACUUUCUAUCAAGCACCUUCUCGUAACAACCGACGAUACCCGAA